GUUUGUGCAAAUCCUUCUCCUCAUCAAUUGACCCACCGCUGCAAAUAAAGUUUGGAUGAAUACUUAUACAUCACCCAACCGUGGAGCGGGUGAGCCGGGGAGGAGUUUUUGAUUCGAAACUCGCCCCUGACACCUCACAGUCGAGAUCGUUCUAUUCGCUCCGUCCCGUGCCGUCGUCCCGCUGCAAGACGUGGCCAAGUAAGCGCCCAGUCUCCACACAUCCAUCAUUGGAACCGGUCCGGGGCCGUUCCCAAUUCGUGGACUAAUCGGUCAUAUCUCAAAUUAUUGUGGGAGCGUGCCUUGUUUUUGACCGAAAGGGUGCAGAUUCCCGACUGUCGAUCUGCCGACCCCAUUGGGAUUGUUACCUAACCGAAGUUAUCUGCGGGAAGGCAGACCAGGUCGAGUUUGUGAAUACAGCAAUGACCACCAUGGCCUCAUCGGUAUGCGACGACUCCUUCGGACCCCAUGCCGGUGACUGUAGGGGUGGUUUCGACUUGACGCUGUUGUUCGAGGAGUCCAUACUCGUUGUGCCCAUCAACGCCUUAUUCCUUCUCGCAGCCCCCUGUCGAGCUCUCUACCUCCUGCGCAAGAAUACGGCCAAAGUCGAGAAGAGCCAAUGGCUGUAUUACAAAAUCAGCCUGUGCUUUCUCCUGAUUGUUUCCCAAAUCGGAUUUCUCGUCUUGUGCACCCAGACUUCAGCAGUCACUACCAGAGCCUCCAUACCAGCUGCCGCAGUAUCAUUUGCCGCAUCUCUUAGCCUAUUGGGCCUUUCCUACGCUGAGCAUGUUUACUCGUGUCGACCAUCGACACUGAUCAAUGUUUUCCUUCUCUUCUCUGUCCUCUUUGACGCUACUCGAACACGGACACUAUGGCUGCAAGACUACAAUCGGCCUGCUGCCAUUGCUGCCCUUGUGGCGACGGUGGUAAAACUCGUCAUGCUUCCUGUCGAGGCAAUUGAGAAGCGUGAUCUUCUACGUCCUCAGUACCGCGAGUUACCUUCAGAAGCCACGAGCGGCAUCUUUUCACAGUGGGCGUUUUGGUGGGAGCUCCCUCUAUUUCGUGCUGGCUAUGCCAAGAAAUUGGAGAUUGAGACCCUGUUCCCUCUCGAAAAACAUUUCAGGUCUUCGUUCCUGCAGCAUUCACUGCAGACGAGAUGGAAUCAGUCAUCCCGAGAGGGGAGCUACGCCUUACUCUUGGCUGUUCUGAGUACACUGAAGUGGCCUAUUCUGUCCAUUAUUGCCCCGCGAUUGCUCUUCGCGGCGUUCACCUUCUGCCAGCCACUGCUCAUCUCAGCGACACUGGAAUGGGUCCAGACAGAUGUCGUGUCUGACGAUAUGAGCCGGGGAUAUGGCCUCAUAGGCGCAUGGUUUCUCGUAUAUGUCGGAAUAGCGGUGUCGACCGGUCAGUACCAGCACCUGACGUUUCGCGCCAUCACCAUGGCCCGUGGUCAACUCAUCUCAAUGCUGUACGACAAGGCGACGGAUAUCAGCAUCACAACCGCGGAUCCUACCGCUGCCCUGACCUUGAUGAGUGCCGAUAUCGAAAGGAUUGACACAGGAUGGCGCACCGCUCAUGACGUCUGGGCCAACUUGGUCGAGAUCGCCAUCGCCAUUUUCUUGCUGGAGCGCCAGCUUGGAGUUGCAUGCCUGAUCCCAGUUGCUGCCGCAAUUUUCUCUAUCAUCGGAUCUGUUAUUGCCGUCAGCUUCGUGAUGGCACGGCAAGCUAUGUGGCUUGAUGCAAUUGAGAAGAGAAUAGCCGUGACAUCACAGAUGCUCGGGGCUAUGAAGGGUGUCAAAAUGUGUGGUCUGACCGAGGUGCUUGGCGCUCAUAUACAAGCUAUGCGAGAGGCGGAACUGCGAAUUUCCGGCAAAUUCCGCAGGUUGUUGAUCUGGAACAUGGGCUUGGCCUAUUUUGCCCCUACCUUCGCCCCUAUCUUGACUCUCACUGCGUAUAGCCUUAUCGCCAGGUCUCGCGGAGGCGAUGCUAAUCUUGACACAAAUCGCAUCUUCACAUCACUAUCGCUUUUUGCACUUCUUCAGGAGCCUUUGACUUCAUUUGUCACAUCGCUUUCUUCGUUGAUGGGAUCUGUCGGCAGCUUUGUGCGCAUUCAAUCUUUCCUUGGUGCUGACAUUCGCGUCGAUGGAAGAGUCAUCCGGCAUGACAACAAUAAAACCGUCAGCCCUACGGUUUCUAGAUCUUCGAGCAGCGGCCACGACGAAAAGUCUUCCUCGUCCACGGAGGAACCUAAACUCGUGCAAGAUUUAUUGCCAGAAGCUACCCUCAACGACAGCGUUGUCGUUGUAGAGGGUGGCUCGUUUGGGUAUGACAUUACCACGAAGCCAACACUGAGCGAAAUAAAUGUCAAGGUCCCUCUGGGAAAGCUCACUUUAGUCGUGGGGCCAGUCGGUAGUGGCAAAUCGACUCUGCUGAAAGCAUUCCUUGGAGAGGUGACCAUCCUGGCCGGGUCUGUCCAGAUCUGGAACUCCAAUAUAGCGUUCUGCGACCAAAGUCCAUGGCUCAUGAAUGGUACAGUGCGAGAUAGCAUCAUCGCCUUCUCAUCUGUAGACGAGCUCUGGUACCAGCAAGUGCUGGAUGCUUGUGCUCUGCGGGAGGAUCUCAUGCAACUCCCCAGGGGAGACCUCACCACGAUAGGAAGCAAGGGCAUUGUUCUCAGCGGAGGACAGAGUCAACGGAUCAAUCUAGCAAGAGCUGUGUACGCACGAAAAGAUGUGAUCAUCCUAGAUGACGUGUUCAGCGGAUUAGAUUCGCACACCGAGAAUGCCGUAUUCCACAACCUCCUUGGAGUUCAUGGCAUUCUGCGACAUUCCAAGGCAACUGUUAUCAUGGCCUCUUCUCGCGCCAACCGACUUCCCUACGCGGACCAUAUCAUUAGCCUUGACGGCACCGGCAUGGGCUGCGAGCAGGGGAGUUUUGAUAAGCUGACCGACUCUGGCGGCUACGUUUCUCGCUCGCUCACGUCCUCAGCGGACGUAAAACACGAGCCAGGCCCCGCUGCUUCUGCUGCUGCUGAGCCCUCGGCUGAUGCAUUACUGAGCUCUGAAAUAGCUCUUGUCGAUGACCCAGAAGACGGGGCCAGUCGUCGCACCGGAGACGUAGCAGUGUACAAGUAUUAUAUCCGCGCCAUUGGCAUAACCCCAACAUUGGUCUUUGUCUUCUGCAUCUGCGCCUACAUCUUUUGCCAGUCAUUCCCCACCAUCUGGCUCAACUGGUGGGCGGCUGCCAACGCGGAAAAUCCAUUCACACGCCUUGGUUACUACUUGGGCAUCUAUGCGAUGCUGGGUGGGCUCUCAAUCCUCUUCCUUAUCCUGAGCACUUGGCAGAUGAUUGUCACCAUGGUCCCGCUGUCGGGAAACAAUUUUCACCGGAGCCUGCUCAAAACGGUACUCAACGCUCCGAUGUCCUUCUUUGCCGCCACCGAUGCCGGCGUCACCAUUAAUCGCUUCAGCCAAGAUCUCCAACUCAUCGACAUGGACCUGCCCCUAUCAGCACUCAACACCUUUGCCACGUUUGUGUUGUGCAUCGCCGAAGUGAUCCUGAUCGCUGCUGGCUCGUAUUAUACGGCCAUUGCAUUCCCUUUCCUCUUUGUGGCGCUUUGGGCGGUUCAGCACGUCUAUCUGCGGACGUCUCGUCAGCUUCGAUUUCUGGACCUCGAAGCAAAGAGUCCACUAUACGCACUCUUCACCGAAUCUGUCACUGGCCUGGUGACGCUGCGAGCAUUUGGCUGGCGCAGUGCCCUCGAGAAACGACAUCACGAACUGUUGGACCGAUCGCAGAGAGCCUUUUAUCUUCUCUAUGCCGUCCAACGUUGGCUGACGUUUGUCCUGGACAUGUUUGUCGCUGCCAUCGCCGUUCUGGUCAUGGUCAUUGUUACCCAGCUCAAAGACGUGCUACCGACAGGGUUGGUCGGUGUGGCUCUCGUCAAUAUUAUUCUUUUUAGCCAGCACCUAAAGCUGUUGAUGACUUUUUGGACAAAUUUGGAAACCCAGAUCGGCGCAAUUUCUAGGAUCAGAUCUUUCACGGCCCAUACGGCUUCGGAACACGAACCGCAGGAAAAAGAACAACCACCGCCUACGUGGCCAUCCAAAGGAGCCAUCGUGUUUGAGAAUGUCUCAGCCGGAUACAGAGCUUCGGAACAUGUGCUGAAGAAUAUCUCCAUAUCAAUCGGGGCGGGGCAGAAAAUCGGUAUCUGCGGACGGACCGGAAGUGGCAAGAGCUCCAUGAUCUCUUGUCUUUUCCGCAUGAUAGACCUCCACGCUGGUCGCAUAAUUGUGGACGAUCUCGACAUCAGCACUCUUCCCCGUGAACAAGUUCGCGCCCGGCUGGUGGGCGUGCCGCAAGAUGCAUUCCUGAUCAAUGGAAGCAGCGUUCGAUUAAAUGCGGACCCUUCUAAGCAGCUCGAGGAUUCUGCCAUUGAAGAUGCUCUGAGGGCCGUUGAACUGUGGCCCAUUGUAGCCGAAAAGGGUGGGCUUGAAGUGCCCAUCCAGGAGCUGCACCUUUCGCAUGGUCAGAAGCAGCUCUUCUGCAUUGCGCGGGCUAUCCUGCGUCCCUCGCCCAUCGUCGUUCUUGAUGAAGCCACUAGCAGUAUGGACUCGCAUACCGACGAGCUUGUCCAACGUGUCCUACACGAGCGUUUUGUGAGUCGUACGGUGAUUGCUAUAGUCCAUAAGCUCGAGACGGCUCUGGAAGACUUCGAUAUGGUAGCUGUUCUUGAUGCGGGCGAACUCCAGGAGUUUGGGCCUCCGCAGAAGCUCCUGGAAAAGGGGCCCGAGGAGUCAGCUUUCGCUGCUCUUUACAAAAGUCAAGCCACGAAGAAGGACAGAACAUCGCAUGACUAAGACACCAACAUGAUCAGAAGGAGGCCCUAGUAGAAUACAUGCUUUGUGGAAUACCUACGCAUCUUCCUUCCUCCAGGGCUGUGUUUGUACCCGCUUACCAGCUUCACGCACCCUUAGUAUAGAUUACCUAGGCACUUGCUUCAAUAGGAGCGUUCUAGUUGUCAUCAAAAGUGAAAUGAUAUUUCAACCAUA